UUGUCGAGUUUCAUAACCAUUCCCCUCUAUUCACUUUGGUAAAAGCUACAAAAUCAUCAAUUUGGGCUGGCACGAUGCAUCCUUUGAGUAGUAACCACGCAAACACGAUAGCGAGGCUCACGCUGACUGCACAGUUACUAUUCCAAUAUGGCAUCGGGCUCGGUUACUAUUCCAACAUGGCGUCAGCCUCAGGCGCUCUUCUUCAGGCUGACUAAUUAUGAACAGUGUACACCUGAGUGAGUGAGUGAGUGAGUGAGUGAUACAUUUGCGUAUCGGAGUCCCCGCAAGAAACACAUUUCUACGCUUUGCAUAUCCAGGAGUUUAAAAAUGUAUGUAUAUUGAACAGGGCUGUUUGCCAAAGUAUUUGCCAGGACUUAUGUUUAAAAUGUGAACUGAGUUGUUGGUAACACUGAGGACUUAAAAGACAUACAUAAUGAAUAGUGAAACAACUUUGUGAUCAAUAUUGUGCAGCCCUAAAUAUAUAGUUUUCUCCCACAUGAAGGUUGUUGUUUUCCACCCCUCCUCCCUCAGCAAUUUUCAGUUAAAUAUGAUAUAUAUUGCCUCUGAAAAUGGAGUUUCUAGACAUGUUGUUUCAUUUGGUGGGUUACCUUGGACCUUAUUGUGUAUUUUCCUAAUACAUAUACAUUGACUAUAUUUAUAAUUUUUUUCUUUUACAUGCAGCAUUCCUCUCUAUAACCACCACAACCUAAGGACAGAGCCAAAACACAUAGUGUUUUUAUCAAAACUCCUGCUGUUGUUCCAGUUCUGCUACAUUUGUCGGUCAGAGAUUAAACCUACCGUGAUGGCAACACAGAGUGAAACCGAGUUUGUUAUAAAAACAGCUUGUAACAAUCUUAGCUGUGGAAAAGAUUACACCUGGAACAGCCUGCCUCUUUUGCCAGGGACCAGGACUGCUGCUGGCAACUUUCUUCUAUGUAUGGCCACUCUCUUUACUGGAGGUUCCAGCAUAUGGGCUUGUUGUGUGUAUUGUUGAAUACAUUCUUCACCCACCAACGGGUGAGUUCAUUUUAAUGUUCUGGUAUUCUUUUAAAAUAAGCACCAAAAGUACUUAAUCUGCGAGCUGUGUGUGUGAUGUUGUUACAUGUACACACGAGCUCCUUUCUGGGUGGUGUUGAACCGGAGAGGGUCAAGGGGGGGGCCACGGGAUUUCAAUAUUGUAACCAUGCUGAAUCCUGUAAAACAUUUUUCCUAUCGUGUAUCAUUCUGCAGACAUAUCUAUUUCAAAACAACUAAUGAGUUGAUCAAUGAUACAUCAUAAUUACUUCUGUAAAGCUGUAUUAAAUUUCAUAAUGAAGACUAAAGAAAUACAAAUUUCCCAUUUUCCUAAGAUAAUCUCUGUCUUGAGCUUUUUACAGCAUUUAAUUUAUCACAAAUCUAUUAGUUUUUUUUAAUUGAACCUAUUUUUCAUGAAUCCAUGUUACAGAAUAAGCUGUUCCCCACCAUCCACCUAUUCUGGAAGUAAUAACAGGCAAAUUUGCUGCCACAGCUGAAGGAUCUUGGCAUGAUAACCAUAGCAGGUGAUGGGUGCCAUGACAGCAUGGGACACUGUGCUAAAUAUUGUGCUUACUCUGUUUUCUGCUGCAUGUUACCUUGCAUCAUCCAUUUUGCACUUGUUCAGGUAUAUUCAACAAUUUAAUUUUAAUUUUUCAGAUGUUUUCCACAUUCCAGUGAAUGUAUUUUUUGAAAGACAUGAGUAAACCGAUUUUGAAACAGAAAAAUAUGGUGCAAAAAGUCUUUUCUGCAUGUAUGUGAUAGUAUGUAUGUCAUAGUUAAGUGUAUUUUGAAACAUUUGUCAUAAGUUAAUAAACAAACAAAUUUAUUUAGACCUUUGCUUACAUUAAUUUGCAGAGGAAUCAGGCAGUAAGCAGUCCUGCAAUGGAAUUUCUGGGGUUCCAGACAUGCAUGAAUUUUCUCACUGGAUGUGGUGUGGUCAUCGGGACAUUUAUAUCUGACAGAUAUAUUCAAAUAGCAUGUCAUAUGAAGAAUGGAAAAAAGUAUGAAAACUUUUUGUGUAGUACUCCCUUUUUAGUGACUGGUUAUGCACAGUAUUGUCGCCCUUUGAGAAAUAGUUCUCUUAUUAAUUUUCUUUUUAAUGGCUGUUGCUAUUCAAAGAUCAGAAAAGUCCUGUCCAAGAUUGCUAAAGAAAAGGGAAAUGAAGAUCUCCAGCAAUGGGUGAAGCUGCGUGAAAAGCACCUCUACUGGAGUGCAACUACCACCUCUAAUGGUGACGGAAAAGUCAUCUGGGCAAAGUUCAAGUCUUUUUUAAGUCACAUUGUGAACAAACACUCUGGCCUUGAUGACCCAAAAUUCAAUAAAUGUGCUCAUGGAGUGAUUCCUGGUAGGAAAUGGCUGGAUCCAGGUACAGUAUUUUUUUGGUAAUAUAGCUUAUGCUAUGCAUUACAAGCCUGGAGCACCACCCUAAUUAAAAUAUAGUUACCUUUUUGGUGCUAUCCUAUUUAAAUAUAAUUGCCAUCAGGUGACCCAGGGUUGUAAUGUGAGGGAAGUGCUGUCAGAUUAAAGAAUACUAUAGUUUAUUUCUUGCUAAUUGAAGUUCUAAUGUGUUUUUAAUAUAAACUGGGUUGAAAGUUUAACAACUGACAGGAAUAUCACUUGCAACUACACCUGUAAAUUAAUGAACACUUAAAAUAACAAGACUGAAACACAACUUCUGAAUUCAUUUCUUAUCCUUUUAUAACCAGACCAUGCUGGAUAUGAGAU